UGGUCAGAGAACACGUUGCAGCUCUGCAUUAAUUUCUUCAUUGACUGUGGGACAUUUUAUUAUUUAUUUACUUUUGGAACCAAACUAAACAUUAAAUAUUUAUUCCUGUAUCCUUGAGAUACAAUUCAUCUGGAGGGUGAAAGGGCAGAAUAUUGGAACAACUGAAAGGUAUGAGCUGCUGUUAGUUACCAAGGAGGAACCAAUCUGACAAACAAGAAGAAGUAGAACGACUCCAUACUGUUUGCAGCAUUCUGAAGGGUGUUACUGUAUCAAACCAACGUUCUACAGAUAUCAACCGGAACCAAACUAUUCUGACAAUUAUCUCAGUAGAUUUGACUGACGCCAGGAGAGAUGAGAGGUAUGUUUUCCCACCCUGCAGUCCUGUUCCUGUGGAUUCAGAGUGCUAGCGGAUGGAUGCAUCCCAAGUGCCAGAUUUAUGACAGUGGUGAAGACUUGGGAGACUUUGCCACCUGGACCUGCACCUACCUACGUCAUCAUGAAGAACAUUACACUGCUGCCUGUGAAGAAGUUACAGCCAUCGAGGAAGAUCUACUUGGACUUCCCCCUAAUAUCAAUAACCUCUGCAUAACUAUGACACAUGGCGAAAAUAGAUCCAUGUCUCUUGGCUUUUUCUCUCAGUUUCAGGAUCUGGUGUACCUGUACAUUGACGGCUGUUUUGCUCAAAUCCUUCCAACUGGGAAUAGCCACCUUCCAAAUCUGGAACACAUGUACUUGAUAGGUAAAUGGGUAAUGGGCUCUGGGUGCUGUGAUUGUCAUAUUGGGCCUCAUACAUUCAGAGAUCUAGUUAAGUUAAGUCAUUUGUAUAUACAGGGUUACAGGUUAAGAGCAAUGGCCCCAGAUGUUUUCCAUGGCAUCCCUCAGUUACAAAUAUUCAGCAUUGGUGAACCCUGUGAAGAGGAUUUGUCAGAGAUACUAUGCAGAAUAAUGAAUAUAAAGUCACUUAUAAAGAUAAGUGUAAACGCACCAGUGAUACAAUCGUUAAACCAAUCAAACUGCUCCAACAACAACCAAAACGUGACAUCUGUUUUUAACAAUCUAACAAGAGUUGACUUAUUAUUUGAUGAAAUAACACAUAUAGAGGAAGGUGCAAUGGCUUGGCUCCAGAACCUGACUAUUUUAAAUGCGGAUUUCAGCCAGGAAGUCCUACUGCGCCUUCCCCUUUCUGGGAUUAAGCAAAUCCAGUACUUCAGUUGCUUUGGUAGCAAUGACAUUGAUAUUGAAAGUAUCUGUAAUGUCGUGUUUUUGCUUUCAAUCAAGCAAAUAUAUUUAAACAUUGCCAAUACAAGCAGCCUCUCUAUGUCCAGUGUUGAAUUGUGCAUUGGGCUAGAAUAUAUGCAUUUAUCUGGACCUGGAGCCAUCUAUCCUACUCCCCAUUUGAAAUGGAAUUUCAUUUCCAGUCUCAAAAACCUUAAUCAAUUAACAAUAGAUGGCCUGACAGAUAACAUACUUGAUAUAUGCUCCUGCCAAAAACAACCAAUCACAUGGUUAACAAAACUCACUUUAGAGUUGAACAAUCCACAAAUACUUUUUGCAAAACAAUUUAGCUGUCUUGUUAAACUGCAGUACCUGGAUUUAACACAUAAUUUUAUUUCAAACAUUGAAGACUUUGCUUUCCUGGGAUUGACAAAUCUGGAGUCCUUAAACAUUACAAGAAACAACAUAACACAGAUCCAUGCAAACACAUUUUUUGGUUUAAGUAGUUUGACACGUUUAGACCUCAGGAACAAUCCACUUAUUCACAACAUUGAGGCAAUGUCUUUCACACACCUCACGUCUCUAAAACAAGUGUUUCUCGGGCAAGUGCACAAUCCACUAACAGAACCUGUGAUCAAGCUGAAUCUGACACUUAUAUUUGGUGGCAUUCUGAGUCAGCUGAGUCAUCUGUACAUUAGUUCAGCUAUGAGGCCGAUGCAGUUGACUAUCGGCAGUAACAUCACAUCUAAACAGAACCUGAGUCUCCAGGUCAAAGGCCAGACGGUUUCAUUUGAAGACUGUGACAGACCUUUCUUUCGGUCCGUAACCCAUCUUAAUACUGAUGCUGAAGAAUUCCUUUGUGGAUCUGAAUUCAUGGGAAAGUACUUCACGUCUGUGGAGACAUUUGACUACAGAUCUAAGCUUUCAGCUAAAAGUGUUGAUUUGACAUCAAUUAAUCAGCUGAUUCACCUGAGGAAACUGGCUCUAAGACGGGUGGAUCUUUUAAUACAGCGUUCUGCCAACAUCAUUUUUCACAACCUGACCAAACUGGAGGUUCUGGAACUUUAUAACUGCAGGAUUUAUUCUUUGGAGGGGAGUUUAACUAAAGACUUAAAAUCUUUGAAAACAUUGUAUUUGCAUAUCGAGAACAUUUAUAAUGUAUUCUACAGCUUUACUGAACCUCUCUCUAGCCUUAAGUAUUUGAUACUUUUGAAGUUUCAGAUGUUUUGCAGUUGUGACAAUGCUUGGCUCAUUACAUGGGCCAAGGGGUACAGGCAAGUUGAGGUGAUCAUGCUUUCUCCGUAUUCACAUCCAGUUAUGUAUGCUCUGGAGGAUUUGAUAUGCUUGUCGGACAACGGAAUAGACACACCUAAUUUUGUAAAGUACACAGAAGACAACUGCUCAACAGAGGUGGACUUUGUGCUCUUUGCUGCGACUGGUCUGGGAGUCCUGUUCUUCAUGCUGGUGGUGUUGGUUCACAACCUGGCCGGCCCCUACCUCCUCCCCCUCUACCACAUCACCCUUGGCUGGCUGUCGGAGGCCAUGCGAUCCAACACCAGGGGGCGCUACCACUACGAUGCGUUUGUCUCCUACAGCGGGAAGGACGAACACUGGGUGGUGGAGGACCUGCUUCCCAAUUUGGAGCAGAGGGGUCCUCCUUUCCUGCGCCUCUGUCUGCACAGCAGGGACUUCCAGCUGGGGAAGGACAUUGUGGAGAACAUCACAGACAGCCUCUACCAGAGCCGCCACACCCUCUGCCUAGUCAGCCGCCACUACUUGCGCAGUAACUGGUGCUCCCUGGAGAUGAAGCUGGCCACCUCCAGGCUGCAGGUGGAGCAAAGGGACGUCAUCCUCCUGGUCUUCCUGGAGAAGAUCCCCCCUCGCCAGCUGUCUGCCCACCACAGGCUGGCUCGCCUGGUGAAGACCAGGACCUAUCUGGACUGGCCCCAAGACCCCAAUCAGCACCAGGCAUUCUGGGACAGACUGUGGGCUAAACUGAAACCUCAGACUGAAGCGUGAGAUCAGAGGUUGAUGUAGAAUCUUGUGUUUAUGCAGAUGUAAUGUUGACACAUAUUUUGAGGUAUUGAAUUUGUCGUUUUUGAGAUUUGUUAAGACAAUUGUGAUGAAGUCCUUUUAAAUGCUCUGUCUGGAGUGGACUUUCUCUGAUUCAUCUGAAAUUACUUAGAAAUAAUCCUAUUUAAAUUUCAUAGAAAAAAAGCCAAUAAUUUUUUUACUUCCCCAAAUUUCAUCAGCUCCUGUUUGUAUUUUUCAACAACUAAUCACUAACACAAAUCUUUGCUUGUAUAUUUGUUGCUAAGAGGAACUGAAAAAGGUGUGAUUUAGCUCAUUUCUGUUGUAUUUCAGAUAACAACUACUGUAUGCUCCUGUGAAUGACAAUACAUGAAUGACCAAUGACCAUGAACCAUUUAUUAACGGCAAUACGUGAAUGACCAAUGACCAUGAAGCAGGUAUUAAUGACAAUACAUGAAUUACCACGAAGCAGUUAUUUUUAUUUCAAAAUCGAUCAAAGAGUUUUAUACAGAAAUGUAGUUGCUAGUUGUUUAACUAAAUGUGUUGCUAGUUGUUUAACUAAAUGUGUUGCUAGUUGUUUAACUAAAUGUGUUGCUAAUUGGCAACUAAAUGUGUUGCUAAUUGUUUAUCUAAAUGUGUUGCUAGUUGUUUAACUAAAUGUGUUGCUAGUUGUUUAUCUAAAUGUGUUGCUAGUUGUUUAACUAAAUGUGUUGCUAG